AUGAAACGAUGUCUGAGAAAUGGAGGUCUUGUGAGUACUGAGGACAGGAUCAGUCACUUGCCUGAAGCUCUGCUUCUGCAAAUAUUGUCUUUACUUGCAACUAAAGAUGUCGUAGCCACUAGUGUUCUGUCUAAGCAAUGGAGAUCUGUUUGGAAGAUGGUGCCGAAACUCAAGUUUGAUUAUGCAAGCAAUCGGAGCAAGCACGAGACAUUUUCAGGGAUUGUGUGUAGGAUUUUGCUUUCCCACAAAGCUCCGGUUUUACAGAGUUUGCAUAUCAAAUUUAAUGUAGACGAUGUUGAUGCUGCGGAGAUCGGAAUGUGGAUUGGAAUCGCAUACGCACACCAACUGCGCGAGCUGCUAUUCGAUGUUGACUCUGUCAAAGAGUCGUCCUUCAAAUUCCCUCCAAGCUUGUAUAACUGCGAAACACUAGAGAGUUUGACACUCAAGACUUGGGUCAUUGUACAUGUCCCUUCUCAGGCGCGUCUCAAGUCCCUUAAAGCGCUGGAUCUUUCCGUCGACUUCGAUGACGAUGAAUCGGUUGUUAACCUUUUAUCUGGCUGCCCUAAGCUUGAAAAUUUAGUACUGUAUCGAGGAACUCAACUGAAUGUGGAGACUUUCACUGUCGCAGUUCCGUCUUUACAGAGACUAACUAUUUAUGAUUACAACGAGGGACAAGAGGUUGGGGGAUAUGUGAUAAAGGCUCCUCGUUUGAAAUACUUGGAGAUUGAUGGAUUUGACUCUUAUGACUUCUGUCUGAUUGAUAAUGCACCGGAGCUGGUGGAGGCCAACAUUAUAUAUGUCUCUGGGACAGUGAAGGAGAACAUUCUGGGAGCUCUCACUUCAGCCAAACGGCUUAUCUUGGAUUUGUCACCCUUGGAGAUUACAUUUCCUACUGGUAGUAUCUUCUAUCGGUUGGUACAUCUGAAGCUAAAUGCACAUAAAGCCGAGUGGUGGAAUCUACUUGUGCUCCUGCUCAAUGCUUCUCCUAAAUUACAAGUCCUCGAGCUCAUCAGUCGAUAUAGGCCAGAGAUUGUAAAAGAUGGUGUGAAAUGGAGUCAACCGAAGAAUGUUCCCGAAUGUUUGUUGCUUCAUCUCCAGACAUUUGUAUGGGGAGGCUAUAAACGACUACCAGAAGAGGGGAAAGAGGUGGCGAACUACAUCCUAAGAAAUGCAAAUCAUUUGAAGAAAGCGAUUUUCUAUACAAAUCCCGUUCUAGGAAUUAUUGGUAGCCCCUUCGAUCAAGAUGUGGUGAAGGAAUUGGAAAGUGUGGUUAGAGCUUCGAAUUCGUGCCAGCUUGUGUUCAAAUGA